AGAGUGAGAGAAAGAGAGAGAGAGAGAGAAUACUGUCAAUAUGAUUUAUCUCUUCCGCUCUGUUUCACGAACAUCAGAACAGAUCAGGUCGAUAUAUAUUCUGUUUCCUCUCUCUCAUCUCUCUCUCUCCGCCACGCACACACAUACACACACAUCCACACACACACACAUUUCCACGCGCCGCAGCGGCAUCCUGUAUGCGUCCAUCCUCGCGCCAGCGGGUGGCCGCCUGGCUGCUCGCGCUGCCGUUGGGAAAGCAAGGUGGAGAGGAAUGCGCGCGCCGCGGCCGGCUGGAGAUGAUCUCGUUCUGGCUGCUGUGCUGGAAGCUGCUGAGAGCCACAACUGGUUUAAGGAGGACACCUGAGCUGACAGACGGUAACCACGACGACAGUAGCUCAGGUAACAUUAACCCUGUCAACGACCCCACCACUGCAGAACAGCCAACAGAUCCAGAUACCAUGGAGAUCAGCUCGUCACCACCGCUGACUGAUCUGGAGAGCUGGCACAGCCAGGAAGCACAGGAACUCCAUUACCCAGAGGGCCACAGGGGGCGGCAGCCAAACGGAGACGAGCAGGAGACCGAAGAGGCUGCAGAGGGAGAAGACGGAAAAGACGAGUGUGACUAUCUCGUUUUUGAUUCAGAGAAGAAGGGAGCAGAGACAAAAGAAGGGGAGGAGACAGGGAAGGAGGGAGGAGACAGGGAAGGAGGGGAAGAGACAGAGAGAGGAGGGAGCGAGGGAGGACAUGAAAGACGAGGCGAUAAAGGAGAAGAGGAGAAAGAGAGAGAAGAUGAGGGAAGAGGAGAAGCAGAGGGAGGAGAUGGGUUGAAAUCUGAGAGUGAAGUUUUAGAGGGAGAAGAAGAAGGAGAAAUAAAAGAAGGAGAGACGGAGGAGAAAGAUGGAGAGAAGACUAAAGAAGAGGACGGGCUGAGAGGAGAGACAGACGGAGAGACGAAGGAGCUCCUCCUCCUCUCUGACCUCCUCGUGUGUCCUGCUCCAUCAGAGCACACUGAGGAGAACAGAGACGACCUGAGCGACUGCCUGCAGGCCGAGCUCGCCAUCGUCUACUCAGACAGUGACACAGGGGAUGACCACUGGGCAAGCUCCUCCCCCUGUGAUGUCACCAACCUGGGAGAAGUGGGAGAAAGCAGGGAGGAGGACGGAGGAGGGCAGGAAGUAGAGACUGGAGCAGGGGAGCAGAGGAAGGAGGAGUCGAUGAGGAGCGCGAGGGAUCUGUUCCUAAGGUCUCCCUCCUGCAGCUCCACAACAAGCUCCUCCGACCCCGACAGGAGGGUCCCUGUAGACUUCUGCGUCCUCCAGGAGACCCUCAGUGAGAAUGUCUCCACAGAGCAUGUCGACUUUCUGUUGGCCCGCCGCCAGUGGAAGAAGAUGGAGGCGGAGGUCAAAGGUCAACCCACGCCCAAACCAGGACUCAGAUCUCCGGGGAGUUUCCAGGGGACCCACUCCUCCCUGUACCCCCCGACCCGCAGCCCCCGCCUCAAACACAGAGAGCUCCAUUAUCCCAUGCCCAGAGAGCCCCCCCUGUCCUCCACCCUGUCCCCCAGCUCAGAGGACUCAGGUCUGGAUGACUCCUCGUACCGCAGCCCCCUGGAGGAGCCAGAGACCGCCGUGGAGAGAGAGAUCCGACGGACUUUGGAGAGAGAGGAAAGACACCGCAGGGAGAGGGGGAUAAUCGCUCAGGGCCUGAAUAUAUCCAGACCCACAACCCUGCAGACAGGACGAUCUCCACCCAGACCUCCAGCUUGUCGUACCCCUACCCUGUCCAUCUCCCCCUCCCCCUCCUGCUCCUCUUCCCUCCCACGGUCCGUCUACCAUGAGAUGACAGCCAAUAAUGUCAUCAUCCUGGAGCCAGACUCGUCUAGUCCUACCUCGAGGACCCGCCUACUCACCACUGCGAUUGGCGGCCUCUCUGAUUGGCCUAUGAGCCACGAUGCCGUGUCCUCUGCCAAUGUCAUCGUUGUGGAAACAUCCAAUCUUAUCAUUCGCAGCGCCUCUGAGUUCUGCCUAAGCUCUGCCCCCGUGCCCAUUGAAAAACAGGAGAGCACGUUCACAUCCAAUCCGUUCUUUAAGCUGCGCUCACUGAGCAGCCAGUCGCUGGUGGAGCAGGAGAUCCGUAUGGUAAGGCAGAGGGAGGAGGAGUGGAGGAGGCAGAGGGAGGAGAUGUGGAGGAGGAGGAGGGAGGCAGAGUGGAGCAAGGGAAGGGAGCGGUAUGACACGGUGCUGGUGUCUCCAGGCCUCAACGAUAACAUUAGCUAUAAGGUUCCAGAGGUUCCAGACAGAUGUGUCUCCUCACCUUCUUCCCCCUCUAGGACUCGUAAAAUGGAACGAUCCAGUUCUUCUUGUGACCAAAAGUGGUUCAGCUGAAUCUCGCCCUCCUCCUUCCCCCCUCCAGUUCCCCUCCUCCCUCUCCUCAGUGCCGCGGCGACAGAACACGAUGGCACAGCGAUGGGAAGCCUCCCUGUUAGCCAACCAGAAGAAGGAGUGAUCAUGGACGGCGCUCAGCUGUCAGCCCUGUAACGCCAAAGUUACCCGUCGUGUAUCGCAGUGUUGGUUCUGUGUUCAGAACGAUGGGUCAGACGAUCAUCAGUCUGUUUAUUGGUGGAUGAUAUGAUGAGUUGAUGAUGCUUUAAUGACAGAAACAGUCAGACUGGUUUCUGAAAACAGACUGUACAACAAAAUGUCAACCUGGAGAAAGUUCUCUUCAUAUUUAGUAACUUGGACUCCUCCAGCACACCAGCUGCGUCACUAUAAUAAUAUUUAUAGAGUAUAGAAUUGCACUGGAAAUAAUACAGCUGUUUCUGACAUGUGGCCUAUAUUUUCUAUUUGAUGUAAACUUGUAGAAGCACAUGUUAAAACCUGCUGUAUCCUCCUUUAAUAUUUCAUAUUUGCUGCACCUUUAUUUCUACAUGUGAAUGAAUUAUGAUACCACUGUUUGUGAUAGUUAUGGAUUUGUAUGAACUGACUGAAUGUGGUGAUUUUCAAACCUUUACUGGGCAGACACGGAGUUAAUGUGAGUUAUUUAUUAGGUAUUAACAUAUGGCGGCAGACAAGGGGAAAAUGGUCCAAACUCUUCACUUCCUCAUACCCCUCACUUUCUCCUAUCAACCAUUAACAGUUACAUUGAGCGCCCCCUACAGGCCUGGAGCACGUCUCUUGAGUUUUUCUAAUCAGCAUCGUUACUGACUUCUGCGAUGUGUUUUUUUCUGUAUUUGCAGUGUGAUUUCCCAAAUAUAAGUCAUGAGUGUUUGCCUUUGACAGCCACCGUAGCAAGUGCACACAACAUCAUUUUAAAAUAAUGUAGCUAUGCAUAGCAGAAACUAGAAAAGGCAAACAUUUAUUAUAUUAAGUUUAAUACAUGAUUUAUAUCCUUAAUGUUCCGACCCAGAGUUUCAAAG